AGUUAAAUCUCCUACGAAUGCCUUUAGCAAGAGUGAGAAAUUUUGCCUUACACUUUAACCAAAAUGAAGGGAAAAAAUCAGAUUGAAAUAAAACUUUGCAUGUUAUUAAUAUAAUUUGAUUUUUGUACCUCGUACUUACGAUUUGGGCCACAUGAUGUCGCUCUUUACCAUGAAAUUCUCUCAAAUUCAAGGCAAAACUAACUCAUCCGUUUUCACAUUGGAAAGAGUCUCCAUUCUGUUUUAGUACCCGGAGGUUGAACAAUGGCGAACGCAAAAGGAUAAUAAAGAAGAUAAGAUUCGUCCAAAUUUUCCUACGUGACGCUGGUUAGAACAAAACCCCAAUAUUCUGAAAUGUACUCAAAUCCAGUCGACCCGGGGAACCGGUCUCUACUGCUAUUUUUUAUAAUUCUCGGAGCCUGGGAGACCAGGAGCGGCCAGAUCCAAUAUUCGAUCCUUGAGGAGGCUAAACACGGCACUUUCGUGGGUCGCAUCGCACAAGACGUGGGGCUGGAGCUGGCGGAGCUGAUGCCGCGCCUGUUCCGGGUGGCGUCCAAAGGGCGCGGGGACCUUCUGGAGGUAAACCUGCAGAAUGGCAUUUUGUUUGUGAAUUCUCGGAUCGACCGGGAGGAGCUGUGCGGGCGGAACGCGGAGUGCAGCAUCCACCUGGAGGUGAUCGUGGACAGGCCGCUGCAGGUGUUCCACGUGGAGGUGGAGGUGAAGGACAUUAACGACAAUCCGCCUGUGUUUCCCAGUUCACAAAAGAAUCUGUUUAUCGCGGAAUCCAGGCCGCUUAAGUCUCGGUUUCCACUAGAGGGCGCCUCCGAUGCAGAUAUCGGUGAGAACGCUCAGCUGACUUACACGCUGAGCCCCAAUGAGUAUUUCUCGCUGGACGUACCAACCACCGACCAACAGGUAAAACCUCUCGGGCUUGUAUUACGCAAACCUUUAGACAGGGAAGAAUCCCCGGAACUUCAUUUAGUGCUCAUGGCUACUGACAGAGGCAAACCUGAGCUGACUGGAACCGUUCAGUUACUUGUCAAAGUGCUGGACGCCAAUGACAAUGCUCCAGCUUUUGACAGAACACUCUAUGGGGUGAAAUUACCUGAAAAUGUUCCCAAUGGAACGUUGGUAAUUAAACUUAACGCCUCAGAUUUAGACGAAGGCUUGAAUGGGGAUAUUGUUUUCUCAUUCUCUAGUGACGUUUCUCCAGAUAUAAAAUUUAAGUUCUACAUAGACCCUGUAAGUGGGGAAAUUAUAGCAAUAGGAAAUAUCGAUUUUGAAGAAAGUAAAGCCUACAAAAUUCGAGUAGAGGCAAUCGAUAAAGGCUAUCUACCACUGGCUGGUCACUGUACAGUUCUCGUGGAAGUCGUGGACGCUAAUGACAAUGCUCCAGAGUUGACGGUCACUUCCCUGUCGCUUCCUGUCUCAGAGGAUGCUCAGCCAGGCACAGUCAUCACCUUGAUUAACGUGUCUGACCGAGAUUCUGGAACCAAUGGACAGGUGACCUGUUCCCUGACGCCUCAGGUCCCCUUCAAGUUGGUGUCUACCUUCAAGAAUUACUAUUCGCUGGUGCUAGACAGCGCCUUGGACCGCGAGAGCGUGGCCAACUAUGAGCUGGUGGUGACCGCGAGGGACGGGGGCUCGCCUUCGCUGUCGGCCACGGCCAGCGUGUCUGUGGACGUGGCCGACGUGAACGACAACGCGCCCACGUUCGCGCAGCCCGAGUACACGGUGUUCGUGAAGGAGAACAACCCGCCCGGCUGCCACAUCUUCACCGUGUCGGCGCGGGACGCGGACGCGCAGGAGAACGCGCUGGUGUCGUACUCGCUGGUGGAGCGGCGGGUGGGCGAGCGAGCGCUGUCGAGCUACGUGUCUGUGCACGCGGAGAGCGGCAAGGUGUACGCGCUGCAGCCGCUGGACCACGAGGAGCUGGAGCUGCUGCAGUUCCAGGUGAGCGCGCGCGACGCGGGCGUGCCGCCUCUGGGCAGCAACGUGACGCUGCAGGUGUUCGUGCUGGACGAGAACGACAAUGCGCCUGCGCUGCUGCCACCCGGGCCUGGGGGCGGGGCCGGCGCGGUGAGCCAGCUGGUGGCGCGGUCGGUGGGCGCGGGCCACGUGGUGGCGAAGGUGCGCGCGGUGGACGCGGACUCGGGCUACAACGCGUGGCUGUCGUACGAGCUGCAGGCGGCGGCGGGGGCCGCGCGCAGCCCGUUCCGCGUGGGGCUGUACACGGGCGAGAUCAGCACGACGCGCGCCCUGGACGAGGCGGACGCGCCACGCCAGCGCCUGCUGGUGCUGGUGAAGGACCACGGCGAGCCGGCGCUGACGGCCACGGCCACCGUGCUGCUGUCGCUGGAGGACAGCGGCCAGGCGCCCAAGGCCUCUUCGCGGGCGUCGACGGGCGCCGCUGGAGCGGAAGCGGCUCUGGUGGAUGUGAACGUGUACCUGAUCGUCGCCAUCUGCGCGGUGUCCAGCCUGUUUGUGCUCACGCUGCUGCUGUACACGGCGCUGCGGUGCUCGGCGCCGCCCAGCGAGGGCGCGUGCGGGCCCGGGAAGCCCAGGCUGGUGUGCUCCAGCGCGGUGGGGAGCUGGUCUUACUCGCAGCAGAGGCGACAGAGAGUGUGCUCUGGGGAAGGACCACCCAAGACCGACCUCAUGGCCUUCAGUCCCAGUGUUCCUCCGUUUCCACAUUCCCAGGAUGUAGGCAAACAGGAAGAUUUAAAUAUGGAUCAUUGCCCAGAAGUAAGUCCAUUUAUAUUUAUAUGAAAAAUUCUUUAAGGGGAAAAUUCAUAAUUAAUUUAAAAGUAUUUUACAUUCAUUUUUGUUUUAAUAAUACAUAGCACAUUUUCACAGUUUAAUAUUCAAACCUUAUCGUGGUUUAAAAAGUUUAAAAUUAAUCGUUUUCCCCCAAUUUUAUUUGAGAUCUAGUUGGUGUAUAACCUGCGUAUGUUAAAGGUGUAAAACGAGUUCAUUUGAUAUACGUAUAUAUGGCGAAUUUAGUCGCUGUUUCUCAGUGCCAGCAGACUUUCUUAACCAUUCUCCACAUAAUGGAUUUCUACUCAAAUUCAAAUUUUCCUUGGAUAAAUUUCUUCUUACUGAACACGAUUUAAUCCUUUGUAAUACCUAAUUUUUUGAAUACUAACGACACCCAGU